GAGUACAUUCCAGUUAAACAGUAAGAAAAUGGCCAAUCUCUCGACCUGCGAACCCGUUGUGGUAAUCCAUGGUGGAGCUUGGGCUAUCCCGGACAAACUAUCGUCUGCUAGUGUUGACGGUGUCUGCUUUGCGGCGCGUGCUGGGUAUGAGGUCCUGAGAAGAGGAGGGACAGCCGUGGACGCAGUGGAAGCUGCUGUCCUGGUCAUGGAGGACUGUCCGGCUUUUGAUGCAGGUACAGGAUCAGUUUUGAACACUAAGGGAGAGGUUGAAAUGGACUCGGUAAUUAUGGAUGGACGACUGCUUCGGUGUGGGUCUGUUGCUUGUGUACAAAACAUAAAGAACCCAGUAUCUCUAGCCAGGGCGGUUAUGGAGAAAACAGAUCACACUCUCCUGGUUGGAAAAGGCGCCAACGAGUUUGCCGAGGAGAUAGGUAUACGUACAGUACCAACAAACAGUCUGGUAACAGAAGAUGCUCGCGAGGAAUGGCGCCAUUUUAUGAAAUUCAAAACUACCGUCAACGUGCUCUUUAGAAACAGAGCUGAAGAAACUCCAGUGGAUUCCAGCGUAUGUGACACAAUAGGUCACGACACGGUGGGGGCGGUGGCUCUAGACAAGUUUGGCAACACAGCGGCUGCCACUUCAACGGGUGGCAUCACAGCGAAACGACCGGGACGUGUUGGCGAUAGUCCAAUUGUAGGUUCUGGAGCAUAUGCUGACAAUGAUUCAGGGGCUGUGUCGACAACAGGUCAUGGAGAGUCAAUCACCAAAGUAUGUCUGGCAAGGGAGGUUACUCAUCGUAUAGAGGAGGGUCUGUCAGCACAAGAAGCCGCUGAGGCAGCACUUAAGAAAAUGACCACACGUGUACAAGGCUCUGGUGGGGUGGUGGCAGUCAGUAAGGAUGGAGAUAUUGGGAAACAUUUCACCACAGAACGCAUGGCCUGGGCGUGGAUAAAAGCUGAAAAACUUCACUAUGGAUUAAAUUGUGGUGAAGACUUUGUCAUAGACAUCUAGAUACUGUUUAUCAAAUUUGGUGCUGUUAAUACAACAGGGAUAUGACCAACAAUCAUUACAAAGAAAGCAAAGGAUAACGUUAAUAAAUUUACUUUUUUCUAAAAAUGAGAAAAAUACUAUUAAACUAUAACCAUGAU